AUGCCGAGCUUUGGGAUUAGAAACGACCAGGGGGUACGCAUUGCCGAACUCUUGGACGCACUCCAGCGCUUUGCGCCUGUUCUUCUAGAAACUUGGUUCAAGAAUACUGAAUGGCUUGUUGGCGAGAUACGACAAGCGCACUGGAUCGACGACAUCUGGACAAUACCGGGUGCGCCCACCUUCCGAAUCUAUCUAGACAACGUGGACAUGUCAGAUGAUGCACAUCUUAUCGACUUGAAUCCCUCAGGGGAGGAGAUUGAUGCAUUUAUGACGGCGAAUCCAUUGGUACUCGGCUUAUCAAGCCACAUCACACGCGCCGCCCAGAUGAAUGCAGAGCCCUUUCGGAGAUCAAGAGAGAAGGCCUGGAUCUCUGAAGAUCUUAUUGAGCCUGCCCAAAGUACUACCGGUCGGCAUCCCAUCAGCUGGGAUACAUAA